GGCUGACCAAUCACAACGGCGCCAACAUGGAAACUCCGCCAGAAAGAAAGCCAAAGAAACCCCACUACAUCCCCCGUCCUCCAGGCAAGCCCUUCAAAUACCAGUGCUUCCAGUGUCCCUUCACUUGCAACAUCAAGUCCCAUCUCUUCAACCACAUGAAGUACAACCUGUGCAAGAACUCCAUCUCUCUGGUGUCUCAGCGAGGGGAGCAGACAGGAAGAUCUGCCAAAGUUCCACAAUGCAGCAACCCAACCAGUCAGAUCAUAGCGGCAGGACCUUCAAGGCUUGCUAAACCGAGCCCAACCCAGCCGGGCAACAAAAUACAAGUGGAAAGGAUCACAGACUUGACUGGCGAAGAGGUGCAAGAGGGAGUCCAGAAGACGAGAGCAGAAAACGGAACGAGUCCUGCGAAGACAAGUCAAGAAACUGCCACAGAGCUGAACAAAGCUGAAAGCAGUGAUCAGGAAGCAUGCAUAGAAAACGGGAUCAAGCACACUUCCACGUCUGCCUUCUCUCCAGUGCCACGGAAAUCCGAAAGCGAGACUCAAUCUUUGCUUCGGCAAAAAGCAGAAGAUCCCUCUCUUCUGCAAGUCCCUCCUUCCUUCCACGUACUGCCAAACUGGGGUCAGCAAACCACUACUCCACCCCUUAAACCUCUUGUACCCCAAUCGAUUGGAGACUAUCCUCCAUACGUGAUGCCUGAAAGACCACCUCAUGCCCUCUACCAACCGUACCUUUCAAGCCAGAAUAGUUCCCAUCGCCUGACUCACCAAGACCACCAGAGACCUUUGGUGCCAGCACCUCUUCUUCCACCCAAUCCAUCCCUGAUCCCUCCAUACCACUACAGAUACAGCCAAUCCUUUCUUCCAGUCCCACCGCUACCUUACAACCUUUAUUCUGUUCAUGAGCAGCCUCCAUCCUUGCAAGCACUGAGGUAUCUUCCAGUGGAGAUGUACCCUCAUGGCUUUGAUCCCAGGAUCUACGGAGGGUACAGCUAUUUGCACCCAGGCUCCUACAGCAGGCAAGCUGAAGCGAGGGGGAGCCAGCAACAUGGAGGUGACCGGACAACACGGCAGAGUCCAUUGGCAGGUUGUGCCGCUUCUGGGUCACCAGACAGGCCUAGUACUGUAGAUUUAACCCAGAAGAACAUGAUCAACACUGAGCACGCAAUCCAAGGACAACAACUGCAAUCAAGCUGCCAAUCUUCAGACUGCACCUCUUCCAGACAGGGGCCAAUCGCAGACUUGUCUAGGAGUUCCGCAUGUAGUCAACGGCAAGAGAGCGGCGUAGAAAAGCAAAAAAGGGACAACAUACAAAACACCACCCUACAAAGACACUCCAGCUUCUCUUCAGAAGAAGCAGAAGAUGAGGAGAGCAACGAUGAAGGAGCUCCUCUAAAUCUAUCGAAAAGGAAUCAGAACGUACCCACCGCAGCCAACCACGACUCUGAUAUCAACUCUAACUCAGACAGCAGUGAAGAAGAGGAUGUUCCUCUCAACCUCUGUCUCCGUGCCCAAUCCUGCAGCCAGACCCAGCCUGCUCCAACAGGCACAGAGGUUCCAGAACAAACGGGUAGCAAGAACGGUCAGCCCUAUGAACAAGCGUUAAUAAGUCCAACUGAACAAGAUCAGAGCGAGCGCAGGCACUCGGCAGCUUUUGCGUUGUGCCAGCUAGCCAGUUCUAGUAACGUAAGUGCUUCCGACAGUCCAUCGACUCCACAAGAAGUCUCGGAAGACCAAAAAAGCUCCCAACAACUUUCCAUUCAGGACACUACUCACAUGAAUGACCCCAAAAAGAACACUCCAUCCCAGGGGCAGAAACGAGCAAGCAAUGGAACCACGAAAAAGACCAGCAAGAGACCAAGGUUGAAGGAGCCAGUUCGGGCGCAAAGAAAACGGAUGCAGAACUGCUGAUUUAGAGCAAAAAUUUUGAGUCACAAGGUCAAGAAAACAUGUUUGAUAAGCCACUACAUUCAGAAUUCAGUGUUCAAACUGACAAAUGACGUCUCCUGUCGAUCCUCACUCAUCUUCAUUGUUUGCUUUAGUUAUGGUCUUUAUUACAUGGAUGGCAACAAAUAUAACAUAAUAUAGUCACAGUUACAAACAUACAUUUCAGACUAUAGACACGUAUUACAUAGCUUUUGGUCAUUUGUGUUAAUACCAUUUCUGUAUUCAUUAUAGCUUUUAUAUAUAUAUACAUCCUGCAAAAAACACUAUAUUUUAGCAAAAGCUGCUGCGCUUUUAUAUUUACCUAUAUAUGUUUUAAUGUAUGUAUUAAUACAAUUAAUGUAUAAAUGUAAAUAAAAUUCAGUCCAUAUAUACCAUUUUUGUGUUUACUUUUUACAAUUUUCCGUUAUAUGUGUGGGUGGGGAGUUCACCAUGGCCGCUGAACAAAUUUUUAGCUCUCCAGGCUUUAACUCUUGUGAGCUGGGAGAGACAACAGAUCCUGACCCAGCCCUCACAAGCCAAAAGGAAGAACAAAUUUCCAAAAGGAAAAGUGAAAAGUAAGAUGUCUGAAUUUUAAAUGCAGCCAAAUUAAAGUAAAAAGUUACCAAAAAAUGGAAAUACCUUAUAGCAAAUAUACACAAAAACCUAUUUAAUUAAAUUAAUGAAUUAUAAUUCCUUGGUUACUGUCUCGCUUGACUCUAGUUUC